AUGCGUGAUCUCGAGGCGGGGGGGGCGGGGGGGCGUGGAGGCGCGGGACGAGGGAGUGGGCAAGGACGAGGACUCGGAGGUCGGAGUGGGCAAGGACGAGGGCGCGGCAGUGGUGGGCCGCCGCCGCCGCGGCGGGGGAAAGUGUACCAGUUGCCGUGGCGCACCGGCGACGAGAGCACGACAGUUGCGGUUCGAGCCGGGAAUGCUGGAGUGUAUGUUGCAACCUGCGUGAACCGGCAACGCAAAACUUCCAGCUGCUCGAGGACAGAAUGUCAAGGGGCAACGGCGGGUUUCGUAUCACAACAACGAACGGUGGGGAGUCACGGCGGAGUGGCCAGCGCCGUCGGAGGCCUGUGUCAGCACGCCGCCUUGGCGCUAGAGCAUAUGGCGGCAAAGACGAUGAAGAGAGCAACCAGCGUGCUAGGUGGGGUCGCAAGUACAGACUACGCCGCAGCGAAGGAGCUUGUGACAGCAGCGAAGUUGGGUAGUCACUUGACGGCCGAAGAAUGCAACGACGUCAUGUCCAUAGUGGAAGGAGCAGAGCGAAGUGGGGUGUGGCCGGUCGUGGAGGUGGAACGCCACCAGUACAUGGUGCUCGACAUGCGGAGUCGAACGACGGAGCUCGACUGGGGUUCUGUUAAGUUCGACCAAGUUUCAGAAGGGGAGGCGUCUCGGAGGAUGUCAUCUUCGAGGCACUUCAUGUGCAAGGUGUUCCUCGACAGCGACGCUGAAUCAUACUGCUCAAAACUGGCGGACAUGCUUACCUACAUGCGGCGGUUAGCUCUUCCACCUACCGCUCCGUCCGGACUUGCGCGACUCUCGGAGACACCGGCGAGAAGGUUGANCGCGCACACCUUGGUCGUUGCUGUCUUUUCCCGCAUUGGGUUGGAUUCGAUGGCAUCGAGUACCGGAGAGGGUGGAGCAGCAGAGGAUGCUUCUUCGGGUGGCUCUGCGUUGCCGCGUACUCCACAGGUGUUCCUCGACAGCGACGCUGAAUCAUACUGCUCAAAACUGGCGGACAUGCUUACCUACAUGCGGCGGUUAGCUCUUCCACCUACCGCUCCGUCCGGACUUGCGCGACUCUCGGAGACACCGGCGAGAAGGUUGAUGGUCUCUCAAACGAAGUGCACCUGCGGGGGUGAGCUCCUUCCCGAGGCCGACGUCAUUGCGACGCUUGUGAUGGAGGUAGAGCGCCGGAAGUGCGGCGCAUGUGGGGCGUGCGCUUGGGCAAGCGACAACUGGCGGAAGACGUCCGUGUUCAACUACAACAAGUACUUUCUGGUGGAUCUCUCCCUUCUGUAUAAGUGUCUCGGGCAGUUCAUCAGAGGGACAACGAUCCAGUCCUUUUUCUUCUCGCACUUGGAGCCUCUGACGACAAACAUCGGUUGGCUGUCGGAAAACCCGGAUCUCGCUGCGAGCAUCACUGAUAAAGGCUCCAGGUUCUUCGUUACGCUCACGCACGUCUUCCUCGGCUUUUUAGCCGUCAUCGACUUCUCGUUUGAGUUUCGGUGCUUUCAGUGGGGCUCGCACUCGGAGGUGUUUACCGUGGACGGUUGCGUGAAGAUGUCGGUGAACACGUUGACCAAAGCGCUGGCGAACAAGACGAGACCCGAAACUACUCUCGACUUCGACAUGUCGAUGUUGUGCCUCAAGUUGAGUUUGGUGUCGCCGGUGUUUUUCACCGAGCGCGUUCAGUUCGUCUUGGGAGACCUGGAGGCCGUCGGCAGAACACCCGCCUGGGUGUACACGUUCGUGCCACCCAACCGCGCGGACCUCUUGGGGGCGUUGGAGAAGGAAGGCGGGGGUAUCAACCUGGUCGACGAGAUGCCGGCCGAGGACCUCAAGAAGCUGCACAAGGUCGUCUUCGGCACCUUGAGCGCGAGCGGGCUAUCGAGGAAAGAGGACUACAUCACAAAGUUUCGCCCGCUGUUCCAUGACGGCGACUGCUCCAAGCAGUUCCUUGGCGGUCGAGGGGGGGUUGCGACCGCGGGCAUGGUGUGCGUCUUCACCCCGGCAGGCGUUAUGGUGGCGUGGAAGGUGCUGCCCACAGCCGAAAGUCCAAACGACGUAGUUGACUUCAUGAGGUGGAUGAAGGUGAAACCGUACCUCCUGUCGUACGACGCCGCGUGCAAGUUGGUGAAGGAGCUUGAAAAGUAUUGCCCUGCGCUCCUGAAGGAUAAGACCGGGGUGCUGCAGCGGGACGGCGAAGGGAAUGUGGUGUUCCCCGAGCUGGUACACGUUGGGAACAACCGCAACAGUGCCACGCGGGAAACAGCGGCUCGCACGUUUCAAGAUCUCCCGAGGACCACCGACCGCGAGGACAUGUACGCCGUCAUCGAGACGGCGGGCCCGCGGCCUGGUCUCCAAAGCGAGGUUGACUCCGACGAAGCGCUGUUUUGGGCAGCGAAGUUUUCCAAGGUUGUCGGAGGGCAAAGCAAGCUAACAGCGACGAGAGCGCUUGAUGCCCUGCACCGAGAUGGGGUGCGUGUGCUGUCCCUCUUCGAAGUGCUCGUCUUCACCUACUACUGGCACCGAAAAGCAGCAGGAGACGCAACGGGAGGGGCAGCGGGAGGGGCUGUGGGAGAAGCUGCGGGAUGGGUUGCGCACGCACCAUCGGGGGGCGACGAGGGCAGCGGCUUCGCCCACGGUGAUGCAGCGGGUUUCCUACUGGGGGUCCUCGUGGGGUUAUCGGGAUCAAGGCGAGCGAGCAGAGUGUCCGCGUUGCCAUCGUGGCUCCAUGCCUCCUGCAUCUCUGAGGGGGAACUGGAGACGGGAUUGCGUAGAUACGCCAAGGCCAAGGUGGACUUCGUCGUGGAUUGCCUCAAGCCUUUGACUGCAGAAGUGAGAGAGAGAGCAGCGAUCGCCGUGCGUGGAGGAAUUGGAUUUGGGCGGGAUGUUUACGCACUCAAAGAGCUGGAGCUCAGCCUGGCGCGGAACGCAGCACCGCACGCAACCACGACGGAGGAAGGCAAGGUGGUUGGCUACGAUGCAAUUUUCCACGAUACGAGGUACAAAAACUUCGAGGGGGACCCUAUCAAGAGGGAGAUGCGCAUCGGGCCUGAUGGGCACCACGAGAACAACCACGGGCCGGAUUGUAGGAAGCUGUACAGUGGCUUGACGACGUGUAAAGAUAUCGGUGGGGUUAAUCUCACCCGCCACGAGUCCGAUCAUGGGGUUAAGGUCAUGUACUUGCGGUCUAUCAACAACAUGACCUUUCCCAAUUUCACGUACUCGCUCAGUGUCAUCAACGAGCUUCAGAAUAGGAAGUACAACAGGCAGCUACUAGACGCCCUCUUGAGCAGAGUCGACGGCCACGCCUCACCGAGUAUGUCGGGGUGCCAGGCUGCACUCUGGACAUGCGGCAGGUGUUUCUGCGACAAGCCGUUGGUGCGCGUGUUUGACUGCUUUGGGCGGCUUGACCUUGUUUGUCUCAGCUUCGUUUUGACGCUUUGAGUUUUGCGUAUCCUUACGGAAACACGUGAUGUAUUUGGGGGUCAAGGUAGAACCGGGCACGCUUUAUGGGGCUACAGUGGGCGCAGGCUCAGAGAGGGGUUCGUGUCCUGUGUGUGCAUGGUUUAUCCCGUUCUUUAUUCUCUUGGGGUUAGCUUACCCAGGUAUGAAAAUGUGUUUCGCCGAGGCGAGAUAGGCUUGAAGGGUUUUCCAUUGUGU